UGGCUAAUGAUAUUUUAUUCACAUCCGUGCAUCCAGCCGCACUAGAAAAUUACAAGGAAUGUAUGACAGGUCAAGGUGAAUGUAGCGAGUCGAUUGAUUUAAUGGAAACCGACUCUGAAGACGAAGAAAGCUUUUCCGAAAGACAAUCCGAUGUGGAGUUUCUUAACGACAUUGAUCACUCCGACAGUGAACUUUCGUUUUACAGACAGAUUGAUAAUCAAGUAUACAGUCGAGACCGACUGAGGUUGUUUGAUACAUUUCUACACUGGACAAGGCUAACGAUAAUUGAACACGAUACGCAGUCAUUUCUAUGUGAUCGGUAUGUACAGACGGGAAACAGCGACGACAAUUGUGAACCAUGCAAUACAUCAACAUUAUACAGACAAAUAUGGAAACUGUCGUAGAAGGAACCAACACAUAAAAGUUGACAGUUUUUUCUUUCGCUGGUGGAACUAAAUACAUGAACGAUGAAGACGAUACCAUUGAUUCUGACAGUGACGGUGAUAACGAUAAAGACGAAGACGACAGCUGCGAAUGAAACGGUGGUGUUGCUGAUGAUGAUAGUGUGGGUAACAGUGGUAAUAACGGCAACAGAGGUGAUGACUUUGAAGUUGAGAAUGAUAUCGUUGAAUGUGGAGGUAUUGACGGCGUUGACGGCGACAACAGCAAAGAUGUAGACGAUAAUAACAGCGACGGUGAUGAGGUUGAAAUGGAGGUUGACAUGUUAAAAAAAAAAAUCUGUGAGGGGCGAACAUAAAACUUUUGGUGGGACAACGGAACGUGAGAUGAUUUACACGGGGUGGACGUAAUCAACGACGAUGGUAGAAGAGAAAAACUGACGGAUGACUGAGGUAAACGAUUCCUUGUGGUUGACGUAUACGGAAAAAGUGGUGUCACAGACGAAAAUGAGUUCACAGACAACAAAUAUAAAUCUUUCUUUCGGGCUGGACACGGAUCAAAAACACAUUUAA